AUGACUCCCGAAGGAUUUCGUCUACCAAAUGGCCUCGCCGAUUGGCCAUGGUCUCGCCGUUUAAAUCCUCAUUACGAGAUCGUCAAGGCUGAGUCGGACGCUUGGAUAGAGUCCUUCAAUGCUUUGAACGAUCGCGCUCGCAGAGCUUUCAAAAAAUGCGACUUCAGUUUGCUUGCGUGCCUGGCAUAUCCAACAGCGGAUAGACAACAUGCCCGCACUGUCUGCGACCUCAUGAACCUUUUCUUCCUUUUCGACGAGCUCUCGGAUAUUGAGACCGAACAAGAAGUCCGGAAGCAAGCGGACGACAUCUUGGAUGCAUUACUGCAUCCCCAUCGCGCAACUUCAACCAGGCAGUCCGUCCUAGGGGAGGCAGCCCGCGAGUUCGCGGGAAGGGCAGUUGGGACCUUAUCUCCCACUUCAUACUCCCGAUUCGUCGAAUCGUUCGCCCCGCACGUAGACGCCAUGGUGCAGCAAGCCCAGGACCGCGGCUACGGAUACUGCAAUCGCCAAUCCGUUGAGAGCUACAUGUCCGUGAGAAGAGGCACAAUCGGCGCCAAACCUGCCUUUGCGUUCCUAGGAGGCGAUGCAGAUAUACCUAAGUCAGUGCACUCCCAUCCUUUGAUACAGGACUUGGAAACGUGUUGUAUGGAUAUGCUGAUCAUGAGUAACGAUAUCUACUCAUAUAAUGUUGAGCAAGCUCGAGGCGACGACGGCCAUAACAUCAUCAGCGUCGUUAUGCACGAAAAAGGCUUGGACAUCGCCCAGGCCAUGGACUGGGUGGAGGACCAGUAUCUGCGAGUGACGGCACAAUUCUUGAAAGCAAGGAGCAGACUGCCGUCGUGGGGAGACCAGAUCGACAGCCAGGUUGCGCUGUACGCGAAUGGGCUUGGAAAUUGGGCCCGGGCCGGAGAUCAAUGGUGCUUCGAGACUGAGCGGUAUUUUGGGAAGAGAGGACUAGAUGUCCAGAAAACUCGGUGGGUCAUAUUGCUACCGAAGGAGGGCAGGCUUUAGAUAACGGUGGUGCGAUGGCCAUGGUUAUGCUAUCCUUAAUGCCGAGCGAAUAGGCGGAAUCAAG